AUGAAGGUCGCCGCCGCUCUGUCUUCCCUGGCGCUUAUUCACGCCGCCGCCGCCCAGACUAUCCAGUCGAAGCCUUUCGAGCUAGUGAUUCAGUCUUCCAACACAUCGAUCCACGGCAAGAAGCUGCUCGCGUCGUGCCAUGAAGGCGCCGCUAUUGAAUCGCUCUGCAUUACCGGCACCGCCAGCUCCCAAUUCUUCCUCAACACCACUAAGGGAGAAACUGCGCCGGUCAAGGGCUAUACGACCGAUGGCAGCCUGAUCUGGAACUUGCCCGUUGGAAACGAACCCACUGACGAGUCCGAGCCCAUGAGCUUCUACGUCGACCCAUCCACCAACGUUGCCCUGCCUCUGUUUGAGCCCGGCUACCAAACCCAGAACGUGGCGUUCGAACAGUCGACCGGUGCAAUGGCCAUCUUCAGCUACCUCGAUGACACUGUGACCCCUCCCACGGGUGGCACUCCCAAGGUUCUGAAGAACUGGUAUGUCUGCGAGUACUACUACACUGGAUAUGUGUACCACACCUUGAACUGGGUCUUGGGUGAUGCCUCCGCCAAGCCCCAGAACCCUAGCUGCGUCAAGGUCCAGGUCCACCGCAAAUUUGUUUAG